ACCGAAAGUUUAUGUACCGUGGACAAUACAUCGAUAUGUCUGUCCCUCACUAUGGAAUACCUCUAUUAUAUCUCAUUCAGAAGGUUUUCAUACGUAAAUAGCUUGUCCGCUAGUCCAGGAACCAAGAACGUGAUAUUAGCAUUGGAUUUCGCAUGCGCAAGGACCUGUCAAUACCAGAUUUGUGACGAGAUUUAGUGUAUUUUGUCACGACUUUGUACAUUUUGUCAUCUUUCGAUUUUUCUCUAUAGGAGAAGGAGCUUACUGACUUCAAUUUCUGACACAAGAGGUCGAACAGCAAUCCACCGCCAUGAAGUGGUGUGUGACAAACUCGAAGCCUGGGAAGCAGCAGGUCAAGACCAUUGUUGGCCAGGUGUCUGAUGAGAACAGAGUGAAACCACAUAAAACGUUCGCUUCUAAAAAGGCUUACAAUUGCGCAGUUAUGAUGCUUGUCUGCGGCCUCCUCACUAUCAUUGGAGGCAUCAGCCAAGAGUUCGCCAUGUACCACAUGUGGGGAGGGAGUUUCCAUGGUUGGAGCAUUUGGAUCGGGGUCCUCUUCACCAUCGCCGGUACCUGCGCUGUCCUUGCAUGUAACAAGCAGAGUAAGCCAAGACUGAUCUCGGCUACAGUGUUCUCGAUCAUGACCAUCAUCACAGCACUCGUGGUCAUCGUCUUGUUUGGCUUCUGUGUAGCGGAGGUCGUCAAGAUGCACCACAGGAUGGUGGAAAUGAGGCAGUGGAGAGAGGAAUCUGGGGAAAGUUUCGAUAAAUUUGGCGGGCUGAGUGAAUUGGGCGAAUAUGAGCACCCACACGGCAGGAAACAUCAUCACGGUCACAAGCCCCACCAUGAGCAUCAUCACCACCACCACCGACAGUCAUGGCCAACGCCUACGGGUCGCCCAUGGCCAAGACCGACGCCGACGCCAACGCCGACGGGUCGCCCAUGGCCAAGACCGACGGGUCGCCCAUGGCCAAGGCCGACGGGUCGCCCAUGGCCAAGACCGACGGGUCGCCCAUGGCCAAGGCCGACGGGUCGCCCAUGGCCAAGGCCGACGGGUCGCCCAUGGCCAAGACCGACGGGUCGCCCAUGGCCAAGGCCGACGGGUCGCCCAUGGCCAAGACCGACGGGUCGCCCAUGGCCAAGACCGACGGGUCGCACAUGGCCAAGACCGACGGGUCGCCCAUGGCCAAGACCGACGGGUCGCCCAUGGCCAAGACCGACGGGUCACCACUGGCCGAGACUGACGGGACACCGAUGGCCAAGGCCCACAAGACACCCAUGGCCAAGGCCGAAUGGUCAUCACUGGCCAAAGCCGUCAGGACGCCAAUGGUCGAGGCCGACUGGUUUCCACUGGCCAAAGCCGACAACACGCCCUAUGCCGACUGAACUCCCUUCGCCAGUCAAAGGUACAUGGUCAUCACAGAAGGCCGCGGUAAAGAAGGAAGACUGCAAGUUCACAAGCGGCUGGCCAGCAAUUAUGUUGUUUGUGGCGAGUUUGGCUGUGGUCACCUUGGUGUUGAUUGAGUUGGUCAUUGCGGUCAUCCUUACAAUCGUUGGCGUCAGGUCCUUGAAGGCAGCCAAGUACGAGUUAAAAGACUACAAGAUCCUAGGUUGAUUCCUCUAAGCAAAUAUUGACGAUUUCCCUAAAGUUUAAACAUAUCAAAUGACCACAUUCAACUUCGUGACAAAUCAAACUGACACAGUACAAUAUCAUCCAUUCAUUCUCUACGCAGUGACCGAUUUCAUCGGUUGACUGAAGUUUGUGUUGAUAUCUAUAUGCGUGCAUUUCCAUGUACAUGUAGAUAUACACUGUAGUUGGCAAAACGCUUGCAUUGUAAUUUAAAGGCCUACGCUGUUCGUUAAAAAAAAUUGUAAUUGAAUUUGAACAUUUCAAAUUGCGUAAAUAUGUACUGAAAGAAUUUCAACGCUGCCGUUGUGCAGACAGAUAUACAACUACUGAAUUUACCAAGUUUUCGAAAAUUUGAAUGCAUUAUCACUCGAUGCACUACGGCCUUGUGUAUAAGUCCAUUUCUAUUUUCCUGGACCCCCAGGAAUUACGAACGGCAUAUCCCUUUAAGCCCCUUUCGUGUUUUCCUGUGUGUUUUAUUUUCGCGUGGUUUUGUAACAUGUUUAUAGUUUGAAAAUACGAUUUUUUUUGGUAAAUUAAUAUUCCUCAAUUAUAUUAGUUAAGUACUUGUACAUAUUUCAUACAUUUACAUACAUUAGGUUUAAAAUGGUGAUGACAAUUUUAUAUGCCUGUAAUUUUGUAUACCAAGAAUUAAUAUUGCAUAUCGUUGUCUACACUGAUAUCAUACUGCAAAUGAGCACACAUAAUGAUCGUAGGCCUACAUGUAGUUUUUAAUGAAUUUAUACGCUUAGGAAAUUGUACAUUUGGUCAUUUGCUAAAUAUAGUUGGGCCACAAAUGGUGAACUACUCUGAUUGUCUGUUGCCUCAGGUAUAAAGAAUAAACACUGAUAUGAGACAGUGUGGCGAAAUCUAGGUCGAGUAUACCACCUUGUGCCCAGUCACCGUCACCUGGUACAUCCGGAUUGCACCAUAUGGGCAUCGUGCCAAGUACGUCUUGAUAUAUAUAGAGGUGCCAGUGGUACCUAUCGUGCCAUGCACUUGUCCUGGGAAUCACCGAAGUGUUAAGGAUGACGCAGCACGACAUUUCGGGGGCCUACACGAUUAACUCGCCAAUUUCAAAAUCUCUCAGAAACGCUGAGGCUAUAAUUAUAUACUGACGACCGUAACUUAUAAUUUCUGGGAAAGGUCUAAACUGAGGGCAAAAUAUAUUGAGAAAACUAUACUGAUGUAAUGAUCUAUUGGAGAAAACGUACCGACAGCAUAAUUUUUCGGAAAAAAUAUGCUGACGGUAUAAUUUAUUGAAGAAAACGUACUGACAGCGUAACUUAUCGGAAGAAAACGAUACUACGAAUACGAUAUAGUUUAUUGUAGAAAACGUUCUGACGGUAUAAUUUCUAAAAAAAACCUAUGCAGACGGAAUAAUGAUUAUUUCUUGGAGUUACCACAGCUGGCGAUAUGAUAUCUUGGAGAAACCAUUGUGACCGUUUUACUAAAUGUACAUAUGCCUAUACUACUGACAGUACAAUGUACAGGUACAUGUAAUUUUUCCGAUGAAUAAACUUUGAUCAAUUAGAUGUAAACACAA